AUGGAGACUAAGCCGCCAGUUAUUAAAAGUGAAAGUAUUUAUAGAGUGUAUUGGUUUUACUGGCGCUUGUUGGGAUUGGAAACCGACUUUCCAAUGCGGAAAGUCCUGGAUAUUAUAAUCACUUUCUUCGUCACCAUCUGGUAUCCCAUUCAUCUCAUUGUGGGAGUAUUUUCCGAACGUUCCUUGGGUGAUAUCUGCAAAGGACUUCCCAUCACAGCGUCCUGUUUUUUCUGCAGUUUUAAAUUUAUUUGUUUUCGUUUGAAAUUGAAAGAAAUUAAAGCCAUCGAAGCUUUGCUAAAGGAACUUGAUCAGCGGGCCGUGAGUGAUGAGGAGUGUGAGUACUUCGAUAAAAACACUCGCCAGGAGGCGAAUUUUAUUUGGAAAAGCUUCCUUGGGGCCUAUAAUUUGUCAAACAUAUCAGCCAUAGCCUCGGUCCUAUUCGGGGACCAUCAGCUGUUGUAUCCUGGCUGGUUUCCCUACGAUGUCCAGGCCACGGAGCUCAGAUACUGGCUAAGUGUAGCCUACCAAGUAGUUGGCGUUAGCCUGGCUAUUCUUCAAAAUUUGGCCAAUGAUUCUUAUCCACCAAUGACGUUCUGUGUGGUGGCAGGACAUGUGCGGUUGUUGGCCAUGAGAUUAAGACGGAUUGGUCAGGAGACAAGGGCAACCCAAGUGUCAGUGGCCAGGAAACUAAUAGAAGGCAUUGAGGAUCAUAGGAAAUUAAUGAAAAUCAUCGACUUACUGCGCAGCACCAUGAACAUAUCACAACUCGGCCAGUUUAUGGCCAGCGGCAUCAACAUAUCCAUAACCCUUGUUUAUAUAUUGUUCUUUGCGGAAAAUCUCUUCUCCAUAACCUACUACGCCGUGUAUUUCAUAUCUAUGGUGCUGGAGCUAUUUCCGUGUUGCUAUUACGGAACUUUGAUAUCCAUUGAGAUGAACAGCCUUACGUACGCCAUAUAUUCAAGUAAUUGGCUGGGAAUGGAUCGUAAAUACUGCCGCACCCUGCUGAUGUUCAUGCAGCUUACCUUGACGCAAGUCCAGAUCAAGGCAGGUGGUACGAUUGGCAUUGGCAUGAAUGCAUUCUUUGCCACCGUCCGGCUGGCCUACUCCUUCUUCACGUUGGCCAUGUCGCUGCGCUAA